UGUCUUUGUCCUUUUUCUCAUAAACUAUCUUCUCUUUUGAUCCUCUAAACGUUCAUUUAUUUUUCGAGUUCAUCAUCUGGUUAUUGAGGAAAUUGGAAUUUGAAUACUCUCUUUGGCUUAUUGGACCAGGUUACAGGUACAAGCAUGACUACAAUCAACAUGUCAACAAUGAAGCCUCCAACAGCCUGUGUGUUCAACAGAUCCUUUGACAAGCCUCAGAACAGACAGCCCUUGAGUUCUUCAGUGAGGAGAAGUUGGAAAUCAUUCGGACUGAAGUCUGCUUCGUCGUUCAGAGUAUCAGCAAUGGCAGUUCACAGAGUGAAACUGAUCGGUCCUGAGGGCGAAGAGAACGAGUUUGAUGCGCCGGAUGAUGUCUGCAUCCUUGAGGCGGCCGAGGGCGCGGGAUUGGAGCUGCCUUACUCGUGCAGGGCCGGCUCAUGCGCAACUUGUGCAGGGCUAUUGGUCUCUGGAUCAGUGGACCAAUCUGAAGGAUCAAUUCUUGACGAGGAGCAAGUGGAGAAGGGGUAUGUGCUAACUUGUGUCUCUUACCCCAAAUCAGACUGUGUUAUCUACACCCACAAAGAAUCUGAAGUCAACUAAUUAAGAUCUAGUGGAGUAACUCCAGUUCUAUAUUUAUCACCUCUUAGUAUAAUUUGUUCCAAAAAGUAAGUGAAAUUUGACAAAAUUAGCAGUAUUUGUGAAAUUUCACCUAUCAACAAAUAACAUUUUUUAAUUUA